AACUUGCUGCCUUCUACAACUUCAACUUCACCGACUUCCAAAGAGUCAAAACAUAUGAAUUUAAAUAUGGGGAUUCUGAGCCAAUCAAUCUUUCACCUCCUCUGGGCUGCUUUGGUCGUUUGUCAGUACGAAGAUUAUGAUUUCGAGGAUGACUAUGAGGAGCCAGACCAUCAAACUCCAUAUUAUUUUAACCCGAACACACAAGUUGAAGUUCCUCGCUUUCCUUUCCCAGUUGAGUGUGCCAGGGAAUGUUUUUGCCCACCAGCUUUCCCCUUGUCCAUGUACUGUGACCAUCGGAAACUGAAGAUAAUUCCAAAUAUCCCCAGUCACGUCCAGCAACUUUACCUGCAAAACAACGACAUUGAAGCUGUGCCUGCAGCACCAUUCACUAAUGUCACUUUCGUGAGGGAAAUCAACCUCAGCUACAACAAAAUUAAAUUCCAUAUGAUUGACCAGGGGGUUUUUGCCAAACUUUCAAGCUUAGUGCAACUUUAUUUGCAACAUAAUGAGUUAGAAGAGGUUCCAUUCCCACUGCCCAGCUCUCUAGAGAGACUCCUCCUUGGCUUCAAUAAGAUUUCCCGGUUACCUGGGGAUGCACUGGAAGGGUUACCCAACAUCACCGUGCUGGACCUUUGCAGUAACUUACUUGAUGACUCAGUACUCAAAGACCGACCCUUUUCCAACAUGAAAAAUCUAAUGCAGCUCAACUUAUGCAACAACAAGUUACAGACGAUGCCUCCCGGUCUGCCGUCAUCACUUAUGCAUCUCUCUCUUGAAAAUAACUCCAUUUCUUAUAUUCCAGAAAACUAUUUCCACAGACUUCCCAAAAUCAUUGCUCUGAGAAUGUCCCACAAUAACCUGCAGAACAUUCCACGCAACACCUUUAACCUACCCAACCUCCUGGAACUUAACCUUGGACACAACAAACUGAAAGAAGUAUUCUACAUUCCAAGAAGUUUGCAGCACUUGUAUAUUGAAGGCAACGAAAUUGAAAACAUAAACGUUACUCUGAUGUGCCCAACUCUGGACCCACUGAACAUCCACCAGCUGACCUACAUCCGCGUGGACCAGAACAAGCUGACGAGCCCAAUCAGCAGCUAUGCCUUCUUCUGCUUCCCCCUCAUCAGAACCAUCUACUAUGGAGAACAAAAUGUGACUCUCAACAAGCCAACCCGGCUCAGAACCCCGGUGUUCCGGCGGUUCCUAACCCCAGAGGAAUACCAGGAAGCAGAAGACAAUCAUGAAACGCACAGUCAAGACACCGAAGAGGAUCACGAAGCAGAAGACAACUACUUCUAUCCUUACUUUCACUGAAGGAAUUGUUCAUGAGUGUACAGGGAAAGUUUUCCUUAGUUGGGGGUCAUUCAUAGCCACUCUAGAACAAUUGGAUAGUCUGGGAUGUUUAAGAUACGUGUGUGGAGGUCGGAUUUCGUGUAGGGAAGUGUCCUCUUAUUGAUGUAGUAAAAACCAGAACACCAGGAACAAAGAGCACUCACCUGAGCAUCAGACUAAGUCUGAUACAUACCUGGGUUGAUGGUGGGCUCACCCUUGGGUGAGCAGCCUAAGCUGAAGAAAACCAACCUGAAAAAGCUUCUGUGUUCUAAAGUGAUCCAACUGCAAAAUGCCUAAAACACACACGAAUGUCAUACUCAAUAGGAACAAACAGUUAAGGCCAAAAAUCCUCCCAGCUCUGCAUCCAACUGCUGAGAGCAGAGGAAAACAGACACACUAGAGAGCAGGACAGGAGGGUAAGGUCACAAGAAUACUUCCACAAGGUUCCUCCACAUCCUCCAGAAAUACAGAUGUUUCUUCUUCCAGUUUCUAACUGGACAAGAAAAUCAAUCUUUGAGGUUUGAUUUUUUGAGAAAAAUCAAACCUUCCCCAUUCUAUGUUUUAAGUGUCCUGACAAGGCGUAUUAUAAUAUUUACUUCUCUGUCUGUACCUCAACUAUCACAAUCUUUCAAAUGAUAUUUCAGCUUAUUAGUAACAUAGGCAAUACACAACCUCUCAUCACACUCUUAGAAUCUAGGGAGAAGUAUGAGUAUGAGUAUUAACACAACUGAACCAUUAGCAUUUACAUUUUACCUGUGCUUUAGUCCAUGCUACUUCAGAAGACAUAUAAAACUGUAAUAUAAUCUUUUUUAUUAGAAUUGUUAGUCAGGUAGAACAGGCACAAAUAGAAGCAUUCCAGGUUUUUUGAACUAAUAUUUUAGACUGUCCCUCUGCAAAGCUAAUAGCAGUGAGCUACAUUCUGCUUCAAAGUAGAAUUUAAACUGCUUUAAGUAACCUGAAAUACUGUAUAACCCUUGAGCUAUGUAGAUUUUUUUGGUGUCUUAUGCCUAGAAACAGAUCCAAAUAACUACAGGUUAAGAUAACACUGUAGAGCACUUUAAUGCUUUUUUUUUCUUCUUCAUUUUUCAGCACUUUUUCCCCAUUAAAGCUUUGUUACCUCUGAGGGAGAAUCACCAUUUUCAACAGGGAAAAAAAAGAAUGGAAGCAAAAGAUUCAUACAUCAUACUACCAAUUUUACACUGUACUUAAAGGACAUGAAAACUCAAAAAGCUACAUAAAAGUAUGUGAGCAGAUUUGUACUAGUGUUUCUAGAAAGUUACACACAGGACACUGUUCUUCCAGAAGGAUUUUAGGGUGAUCAAGGAACUAAAGACUUGCCAGCUUUGGAGAAACAGGAAUUCCUAAUAAAGAACAGAAUUCAUGGAUAUUGAGUUGAAUGCAGUUUGCUCUGGUAAGACUGGGAAUGGCUUCUGUAAAAGCCACGAUGUUCUGCCCUUGCAAAUCUCUUGGAGUUCUCUGAGGGAAUCAUGAAGGAUGUGGAAAAGGGAGAUCCUGGUCCAAACUGCCUAUAAAAAUUUCUGAGAGGUUUUUAAGAAAGAAUAAAUGGUCAGUUCUUACUGUGGAGGGAUCCUGCUGGUGGGAGCUUUGCAAAGGGCCUCUGCUGAAAUUUAUUCAAUUUAAAAUACUUGCAAGAGAUGGACAAACCGGGCUGAGAAGGGAGGUCACGAGCACUAAGGAUUGAUGAAUGACUGCAACAAGACCUUGGGAUGCUAAAACAGCCAAUGAAACUCAUCAUUGUUAAAUGAGAAGUGAUAUCCAAGGAAAAGAUGGAAGUGUGACCUCAUUGCCACCACUCAGGAGCAAGACUCAAGUAGUUCAGUAGGUGGUUCAAUGAAAACACUGGCUUGGUACCCAGCAGCAAACUCAAAUGUAGAGUAACUAGAGAG